CCACCCAUCUGAGAGUUUCACAACCGCAGGUACGCAGAUACCAAAAGGGCACUUGAUAUAACUUGCUUGUGGAAGAAUGAACAAAGAUUUCAAAUGAGGAGAGAGAACAAUUAGCCAUUGGAACCACGGACGUGACCAGUGAGUUGAGGCCACUGAGCCGACACAAGACGGAUGACUGAGCACUGUGAUCACUAGAGGCUUGUAAAAAUGCAAGGAAAUAAGCUUAGCUACCAAAAUUCUUCUCAAGAAUGCACCACAGUGAGGGCAAAAAAAAUGCAGAAGAGAUUUCUCCACAAGGAUGGCAGCUGCAAUGUGUAUUUCAAACACAUCUUUGGAGAAUGGGAGAGUUACGUGGCUGAUAUUUUCACCACAUUAGUGGACAUCAAAUGGCGCCAUAUGUUUGUGAUAUUCUCUUUAUCUUACAUUCUUUCUUGGCUGUUCUUUGGCUUGGUCUUUUGGCUUAUAGCAAUCCAACAUGGAGAUUUAGUACAUGAUGAAGAAAUAACCCCUUGUGUUGCUAAGGUGCAUAGCUUCACGGGAGCAUUCUUAUUCUCACUUGAAACCCAGACGACCAUAGGUUACGGCUUUCGUUGCGUCACUGAAGAGUGCUCUGUAGCGAUCCUCAUGGUGGUCCUACAGUCAGUAUUAAGCUGUAUUAUCGACACAUUCAUUAUUGGAGCUGCCUUGGCUAAAAUGGCCACAGCUCGAAAGAGAGCUCAGACCAUCCGCUUCAGCUACUAUGCCACCGUAGGCCUAAGAGAUGAUAAACUUUGCCUCAUGUGGCGCAUUGGUGAUUUCCGGCCAAACCACAUGGUUGAAGGCACAGUACGAGCUCAGCUUCUGCGCUACAUGGAAGAUAUGGACGGGAGAAUGACAAUGGAAUACAAGGACUUGAAGUUACUAAAUGACCAGGUCAUACUUGUUACACCCGUGACCAUCGUACAUGAAAUUCACCAUGACAGCCCUUUAUAUGGUCUAGAUCGAAAAGCUUUGGCCAAAGACAGUUUUGAAAUCUUGGUUACAUUUGUCUACACUGGAGAUUCAACAGGAACUUCACACCAGUCGAGAAGUUCAUAUGUCCCCCGAGAAAUCCUUUGGGGACACAGGUUCAACAAUGUCUUGCAGGUGAGGAAAAAAUACUACAAUGUGGAUUGCCUACAGUUUGAGGAAACCACGGAGGUUUACGCUCCCUAUUGCAGUGCAAAACAACUGGAUAGGAAGGAACAUGAAUGGAACAGAACUAAGAAAACAUUGGACAGAGGAACAAGUACAUCAACACUGGAGGUCAGAGAUACAUCAUUUAAGGCAGUUGCGCUCAUCAGCAGUUCUGAAGAUCCAGAAGAUUUAAUGAAAGCUGUCAACCAAGAUUCUAGAGAGCUGCCUUAUCAGAAAGAUCCACUGACCUUAAAUAGAAUCUCAGCAAAGUCCAAGAUCUAGCUAUUCACUGCAAUUAAAAUUACUGCCCCAACUGUUGCCUAAGCAGCCUGUAAAAUAUAAGCAGUGUUGAACUCCAUACACACAAGUAUUUACCUAAUAAAUCUAAUUCUAAGUGUAUACUCAUCCAAUCAGAGAAUAAAACCAAUAUAAUGUAUCCUGUAGGUAGAUUUUUCAAAAGUAUUGCUGCCACGCUUUUGUUAUUUGUUCCCCCUUUAUCUGAUCACUUUGGUAUUCUGGAUCCUAUUCUGAACCCUUAAUACAGAUUCCCUUGUUAAUCUGGCUUUCACAGCAGUCCACCUGUAAUCUCCUCUGCAUUAUCUACAGUGCAUGUCUGUUACAAUUAAUACAGUUCCUUGCACGGAACACUUUUCCAGCAAGAAAAGGUGUCUCUGGAAACUGAUGAUGAUGGGUGAUCACUCGUUACUGAGUAUGAUCAUCUUCCAUGGGAGUUAUGGGUCCUCAGGUGGCUAAUAAGGCCAAUCCUUGAACCACAAGUUCUAUUACAACGAGAGCAGAUCUUUUCAGGCUCAGCAGGAGGCUGUUGACCAUGACUGGAAGCUAGUCUCUCCUUCCUCCUGCGCCUCUUGUCCUCUUUAGCUUGUCGGCGAGCAAGUUCAAAAUGCAGGGGAUCAUCACAUAGGACUUCACUCCAUUUUAAGCGAUCCUAGGCAAGUGUCUCCCAAGUGUCAAUAUUACACUUUUUAAGGUUGUCCUUCAGCAAGUCAUUAUAACGCUUCCAUUGUCCACCCACGUUAUGGUGCCCCUCUUUCAGCUGAGAGAACAGGACCUGUUUUGGGAGGUGAUGGUCUGGCAUCCGGACAACAUGACCAGUCCAGAGAAACUGCUGAUGGAUGAUCAUUGCCUCAAUACUGGUGGUCUUUGCCUCUUCCAGAACACUAAUAUUGGUGCACCUGUCUUCCCAUUUGAUCUUCAGAAUCUUACGAAGGCAGCGUUCAUGGACUUUCAAGUGGUGUCUAUAGGUUGUCCAAGUUUCAGUGCCAUACAACAGUGUUGAGCGACUAACAGCUUGAUAAACAAGAAGCUUGGUGAACUAUUGAGCUAUGCACUUUGCAAAUGCAUUAAAACCAUUUGGGGAUUUUUCAUUCCCUAUCACCAAUCGCCGGUCUGGAAACCACCUGUGUGAGUAGAUUUACUCAUGUAAUAAAGCAACAUGUGUGAGUAA